GGUAGCAGCCGGGAGGGUUGUCAGCGGGAUGAAGGGGAAUUUCGCGCGCUCGGCAGUCGGUCUAAACGCGGUGCGGCGUAGUCGACAUUGGGCGUCGGGCCACAGCGGCGACGCGGUCUCGGCUCGGUAGUACGCUCGGAACGCGAGCACGCGCGCGGCAAGUGUGCGAAGCGCGACAAGACACGAGGAGUAUCGAGUGCGAAGCGCGACUGUUUACCGUAUCGCGGUACGCGGACAGCAUUCGAGGGCCACGCACGCACACGCGUCGAGCGAUCCGUGUUUCGCGAUCGACGUCGAUCCCGCGUGUGGAUUACUACUCUCGGUUCGCGAUUUCGGAGUGAUCGAUCGAGGAUUCAUUCCCGUGAGAGAAGAGAAAGCAACCGUUUACGUUCGGGAUGUACGCCGCAUCGGAACUCGGCUGAUCUCCGUCGAUCUUUGUCGACCCGACGAGCGCGACGAUCUUUCCUCGGGAAGAGGAUCGCGUUAGAUGUUUCGAACCGCGGGAAAAGUGUGAGAAUCGUCGGCGAACGUUGGAUUUGAGAAAGUGCGGGCACGCGGUGAUUUCGUUCUCGCGCGACGAGAUAGGCGAAGAAGACGAUCGUCGGCGGAACACAUCGUACGCGGACGCGGACGCGAAUACGAGCAGCGUUCGUGUUCGUCGGGUCGGAGCGAAGGUGGAGGAGGCGACGGCGCACGAUGAGACGGACGACGAGAGGAUGUCGCGCGGACGUCGCGGGAUUCGUCGUCGUCGUCCGGCAGCCCCACGCCGAGCGGAGGCCCGCGACACCUUGGAGGACGGCCGCGUUGCUCGAAGCCUGAAAGGAUUCGGGCCCAUGGUGUGCGAUGAUCUGAUGGGACGAGUCAUGUCGCGUGUCGUCGGGACGCUGCCAGCUCGUUCAACGCUGCUGACGAGCGUCGCCGCGGCGCUCUUCGUGCUCUCCUGCUGCAGGUGUGCUCGUGCCAGCGAGUUCCCCGAGAGAGAGUGCUGCGACCUGGUGUUCCCGAUUCCAGAGCCGACCGGUAGAUCCACGUCGGCGCCAACACCUACAGGCAGAAGCGGAUCCGACAUCAAAGUACCAGUUGCGAUACUGAACUGUCUUUACGCGCGUCAAUUGUGCUUCGAGGACCCGUCUUGCAGCGCCAUUUUAGAAAUUCUACCAAGGGUCUGCGGUCCAGAAUUGGUGGCUUGUUCGACGGUGACAGUGACAAAGUGUCAAGCGGCUCUGCGCACUCUGCAAGCUUUCCCCUUCUUCCGACCCACGUGCCUCUGCAGAGAGCCGCAUGUUGAUCCGGAUUGCAACAGUUUCCAGAACUUCCUCUUCGACCAUCCCUGCAUCUACGUCUUAAAGAAGGACAAGGAUCCAUACCCCAUCGACGCGCUGCCUACCUGCAAUCAUGCGCUGAGCGUCUGUUUACACGGCAAACCGUGCAGUCAGAUAUUCGACGACUUCAAAAACAACUGCAAAGCGAGGGAGGGCAAGUGCAGGAUGGAGAGCCGGAAUGCCUGUCAGGAUUCUUGGACCCAGCUACGACAGUCGCCUAUGUUCGGAUGCAUAUGUCCGAACAACCACAUGAAGAGGCGUUGCGACAGGAUCUUCUCGACGGUGAAUCACAAUCCCUGCGUUGAGUUCCUGCCCUCCUCCACCUCUGUAGACCUGUCGGGCACGGACUCGGCCCUGUAUCCGUUCGACCCGCAGCAGGAGAGCUACCAGGAGAUCUGGUUACCGCCGACCAGUAUGUACCCCUAUUUUCUGUUCCCCGAGGCCGCGCGCACCUCGUACUACGACCACGAGAGCACGUACGACGUCCAGGAGCCCGGGCAGAGGCGUCAGCACGGCCACCGUCAUCAACACGGGCGUCAUCAGGAAGCACCGGAAUUACCCGGCAGGCCCGGUGUCCUCGUGGUCGAAGCGUACGAACCUCGUGCCGAUCACGAGAACCGGCAGGGGGCUCGUGCUGGCGCCGACGACGAGCAUCGGCCUGCUUACAGGGAGAAAGAUCGGUCGAUGGAGGGAUCUGGGAGCUUCUAUGAUCGCGGCUCUUCUUCAUCUUCUUCCUCUUACUCUUCGUCUUCUUCCCCUUCUUCAUCUUCUUCUUCUUCUUCUUCUUCUUCUUCUUCUUCUUCUUCUUCCACGUUGUCCAAGCAUGAUCGUGCCUCCAGCACAGUGCACCUGCAGCCAAGGCACUCCCAAAGCGAGCAUGACGCGCACCUGCACCAUCAUGACCAUCACCAGCACCACCAGCACAACCCUGCACCACCCGCACCACCGUCCGCCGCGACGUCGUCUUCAUCUUCGUCGUCGUCGUCGUCGUCGUCGUCGUCGUCGUCGUCGUCGUCGUCAUCGUCGUCAUCGUCGUCGUCGUCGUCGUCGUCGUCGUCGUCGUCGUCGCCGAGUUAUCCUCCGGCUCGUCCAACGCCUACCGUGGACGAGACGAAACGAAUCGAGAGACCCGAGCUGGUGCAGCCGAAGAAAUUCGCGCCCAGGCCCACCUACGAGCACCGGGCGAUCUUCGAUCGCGCCGACGACGACUUCGAUGACCACGAAUUCAGGAUCGGCGCGCUGCCCGUCGACCGGCUCUUCGAUCUCCGCGAGGCCUUCGAAGGGUUCGUCGACCAAGUGAAGGUCAUCGCUCACCCGGACAACUCGACCAGCUUCGAGGUGAUCGAGUCGCAGCUCGAGAACCCGUUGAUCGACGCGGAACACCAAGAUCUUCUCGCCAUGCAGCAGCUUUCCGUGCCCGGUGGCCACCAUCACAAGCCCCAUCGCAAGAAGAAUCAGACGGACGAUCACGAUCAAACGUCGGUGGUAAUGCCAUCUGCCGCGUCAGACCUGGACAAAAUCCAACAGCCGGUGAAAAUUGUGCUGGAGAGCACGUGUCAUCACGCCUACACCGCUUGCAAGAACGAACCGGAGUGUAAGGUCCUUUUGGAGCCCGUUCUGAAUCACUGCGACUCGUCGAGUUGCGCGAGAAACGAAUGCAUGGAGGCGUUGCAGAAUUUCUACAAGUCCGCGAACCACAAGUACUCCGUGGAGAUCGCGUUCUGUUUGUGCAGAAAGACGGACGGCAAGAAGGACGAGUGCAUAGUGGCGCAGGAGAAGAUGCACCCUGCGUGUGCACAGCGAAUCGUGGGCUCGGAGACACCGACUUGUCACAGCUUGGCCGAGGCCUGCAAAGGAAACCGGGGUUGCAGAAUGAAGCUGGAGUACUACGAGCAAAGUUGCGCUGUGGACAGUGUGACGAAGAAGUGCGCCGGUCAGCCGGCCGAGUGUAGAAAAGCGAUGCUAGGAAUCCUUGGUACCGAGCUGCGAUCCAACUGCGCCUGCAAAGGCACGGAACUCACGCAAAUCUACGAUUGCCUCGGCUGGCAGAGGCUUCUCUGGGUAAAUCCUUGUGUAGUCGAGUCCCAGAAGGACUAUCACGCACGCAGGAAACACCAUCAUUAUCCCAGAACUACAACGACGACCGUCUCGUCGACGACCAGGUCGCCGGUUAGCACGACCACGGUUACAGUGGUCGAACAAGUAGAAGAUAAUCAAAUACCGGAAGUGACGAGGUGGUCAACCACCGAACCCACGGAAACUUGGGAAAUCACCACGACGACGACGUCGACCACCACCACCAGCACCACCACCGUAAGCACUACACCCAGCACUACGACAACCACUACCACACCGCCUCGCUUCUGCGUGGUUCAAAGGGCGAGGCAAAGUCACCAAUACAUAAGGGAGGGCAAAGGCAAGAGGCUCUAUCGCGAGGACGAGCCGGAAUGCUCGGAGCUCUGCCAGUGCGGCGAGGGCGAAGUUUUGAUCUGCAACACGAUCUGCGUGGAUUCGUCGCCCUGCAAGACGGACUUUGCCUUCUACAAUCACGAGGCACCGGCAUAUCAGGCGCAUCGCGGACCCUGCCUUUGCUAUAGCGGUCGUUUCAUAUGCAUGCGGCCUUCGCCCGAUGCUUACUCUAUACCGCACGGAGUUUUCAUGUUCCUGGGAUACAGCGAAAAGGACGAAAGUUUAUUACGGCAGCAUAACAAUCUCACAGUCCUGGACGCGGUGUCGUCCCUCGAUAGCUUUAUGAGAGAAGAAGUUAACAAUCAGACAGUGUGCACGCUCUUCUUGUACAACGCGACCCGAGAAAACGUGAUUGCAGUGGCGCGUCUCGGGACUGACAAUCCACCUCUAAAUAGCAGCCAAGCUCAAAGUCUGCAGCACCUUCUGCGCGUCAAGGAGGAGUGCGGCUCGAUGCUGCAGGAUCUCAGCGACAAGAUCAAUAACAAGCACCACGAGGUCCACACGCAUCCUCUGCUCUCGAUCUUCAAGAUGGCGGAGGUCGAGGUCAAGUUACCGUACAGCAACGAGGUCAGCGAUCUCUCGAGGUCGUCGAGCUUCCUCCUCGUGGCGGUCCUCCUGCUCCUCAGUCUGCUGCGAUCGUCGUCGACGUGUCUGGUAGCCUCGUGACACGGGCCAAUCGCCACCGUUUACUCGUAUUGAAGAGCAAAGAUUCUUGUAUGCCUAGAAACUCGUUGCCGAAGAGAAGAAGAAGGAAAGAGCCAGUACCCUUUCGGUACAACGGACGGCCCGUAAACGCUCGGUCAGAUCGGCGGUGAACACCUACGCUCGUUGCUCAAACCUACUCAACGAAUGCGACUACGGGACUUCCGCGAGACUCUAAGCAUUUUAAAUGUAUUAAGCGUUCGAAUCUUCAGCACCGAAAGGGUUCAAUCUCGGCGAGCGAGAAUUCACGGCCUCGAGAGGCACGCAUCAACGAACGAGAGUUAAAGAGAGAGUUGCAUCUUGCCAACGGGGCUCUAAUCUUCGUGCCUCGUGGAUCAACGACGUAGAGAAUUCGGUUUCGUUACCGCGAUCGAGGAUCAAAUUUCCAACGCGUGACUCUAAUCGUUUAGUUGAACUACGAAGUCUUAAAGUGAACUUGCAAGUACGACCUCGGCAAGGAUCGAACGAUCGCGUCACCGCUGUUCUAGUUUCCUCGCGAAACGACUUGGAAUCCAUUCGCGGCAUCGUCUUUCUUCGAACGUUUCGUUCGAUUUCGUCGACGCCACGUUUCUCCUUACACGUUUUCCCAUUCUCCUCACACGCGGGAAGGUUAUGAAACGAUCCGAUAUACGAAAUUGAAACAUUCACGGGUACUAUUCGGUUCUAACGCGAGGAAUCCUAAGCGACGAGUCGAUCGUUGUUCGAGGCCAAGUAUCGAACUCGAUCUUCCCGACCAGACUCGAUUCGUUCGCCGUUGCUCGAGAUUUCGAUCGGUGAGGUUCCCGGGUAUCGGACCUCGCGGUAUCAAUCCUGGAGAUAAGAACAGGUAUCGGUGCGAUGUUGAGACCGGCGGGAAAGAAAGAUCCUCGAUCCCGCGAAACGUCGACGCGUGUAAAAAUGAAAACGCACCGUAGAGUCUGUAAAUGACCACCGCUAAUAUAUGGUAUAAUUAAUAAGCUAGCAAAACGACCGCCCCUCCUGUAUCGGACCACUAGAUGUUUGUUAAAGUUCAGAGCUAAAUCUAAAAGGGCCUUCGAGGCGUCGCGAGAGACUCGAGUGUGUAGAUAACUGUAGAUUGUUGAUAACGUUGUAACAAAAAGAAGAUAUUAUAGAAGAAGAAAUCACGCGGACAAGACGAUGUCUCAUCGGCAAACGAAGAGACGAGCCGGUGUCUCUUACACGGGCGUGUCGCGUAGAGAUGAUUUACCGACGUAAAAUAUUCGAGUAAAUGCCAUCGCGGGAGUAGAAGGGAAUUUAAUGCGACGUUCGUUGAUCGAACGAUUAGCGGAUCGCGUUAAAGCGUCAGGUGUGCAGCGGGACACGCCAGAUCCAGCCCGUUUAAUUAUGUUUUACUCCGUGACACGAUAAAGUGUGUCGGUAUUAUCGUGUCGGAAGUCUAAUAAUUUCGCCGGCGUUUCGUGGAUGGCUCACGGCCUCCGGUGUACGAGACACCCGCUUUAAAACGGUCGAUUUGUCAGCGAGAAACGAGAAAGAAGCGGAAAACCGGGGAAGAAACUUCUAAACAGCUCCCCCGGCGCGUGACGUUUACAAACGACGUUGAAAUACACGACCUCAAAUUAUUCAGCGGUAACACCUCGUUCCGCGUUGGCUCGAUUAUAAUCUCGACAGUACUCGGUGAACGCGUGCCGAAUAGUAAUUUUCAAAAUUCCGAUUCCUCGCUGUGGAAGUCCUCCCGUGGCUCGGCUUACAGGGCAACGUUGAAUCGACAGCUUGGACAUCCGCGGACGGUUUUGUUUCGGUUGCUUGAAAUUUCAACGCAUCGUUCUAUAUGUCUCGAGAAAUGAUGAAGCUACUAUUAUUUGUAGGAAAUAUAUAGAUAUCGAGAAACGAGACGCGGAGCGAGGUCGAUCGUCGGUCGUCCGCGAGACGAAACGGAGCGAUCGUGCAUCGUCGACGAUCCGAGGGACUCGUCGGCUUGGGAAAUCGAAAUCGGAACAGAAAGGUUGCAAAACGAUUCUGGCUCGCGUUCGGUUCGAAAGAUGAAAUGUACAAAAUUUAUUGUUUCGCUAGUUAUCGUUGUAACGCGUUCCAUUUUCUUACUUUCACGAAUGAAUAAGUAAUUCGAUCGUAUUUUAUUCGUAUUCAGUUAUCGAGACGGCUGAAUUCUGGACGAAAAGGAGAGCGAGUUUGGCUAUUUCCAACGACAAAAUUAGGGGCGGAACGCGUCGUAUAAUUAGUCGCAUUUCGACAGAAGUGGAGCGAACGUGAGUCAGAUCGAACGUACGUGACGUGGCUAUCGGCAAAGCAAUAAUGUAUAAAGUUUACGAUCCACGGGCACGUCGCUCAAAAAGGGGAUGGGGCCGGUGGCGCAGACCCGGCAAAUGUAUAAAUGUCACGUUAUACAUAACACGCACGUAGAACAGUCGUAUAUAUAUACAUAUAUAAAUAUAAAAGCGUAUACAUAUAUACAUAUGUUAAUUCGCGUCGAAAAUCUCGGCCCCGCUGGGGAACAAAGAAUUUUAUCGCGAGUGAACGAAGAAACGAUCUCCUACGAGAGCGACGGACUUAUCGAUCGAUCGAACGUUUGAGACUCGACGAACUUUGAGCGACAACCGGGUGUAUUUUUUCUUUCGCGAAGCACGGAAGGUUUCGUUAACGCACAAGUUUCAUUGUUCGUCCUUGCACCGUAAAACUUUUUGCUGAAGAAGAGUCGAAACCGAGGGAGUUCUCGCAAGCUUUAUCGUUUUAUCGGUAUCGAUGCGACGGCUACUUGGAAAAUACGUUCCGUUCAUUCUGGCACAAAACGAAGCUGAACGAAAAGCGCACACGCUUGCAAUCUCUAUCGGCUCGCGCUCAGCACCAACACGCGAACCCAAGCCAUCGGUUUUUGCAGCGUUUACCAGACUCCGUCUCGGUCUGACUAGUUAUAGUUAACACCACUGAUUUAUGCACCACUUCUACGCACAAAAGCAAUCCACGAAGAAACCGUAGGACUCUCCAACUUGAAAAGAGCAAAUCAAAAAAAUCAACAUCCAAAACCGGUGGCUUGAAUAUUAACAUCGUAUCGACUCGAAUUUGGUUAACGUUGAAUGUUCGGUUAUUUGAAAUUUUUGUUGUCAGUCGGGCGCGCUGGAUGCUUCCAUGCUUCGCGACUAAUCGACGCAAUGAUAACAAAAAGUACACGAUGGACAAAAACUGCGAAGAGAGCGGUGGAAAGGGAGCAAAAGAAUCGAGAAAUAAGUUUUCUUCCAAUGUGUCGCGACCGUGGGUCUGUGUACGACUGUCCGAUUCUACUGGCCGCGAAAGUAGUCUGGAUACUUUGCGAAGGCAACGUUUGGCGAUGUUUUGGUGAACGGCGGUGGUACAGAGAUCCAUAGAAUCGAUUGUACGAGCAGCGCAAUUACUUUGAAGCGUCGAAAAGCUUUCGAAAGCUUCGCGAAGAAAAAAAAAAAAAAGGCUGGCAAAAGUUGAGACGAGACGACGAAGAAGGGAAACUAAUUCGCGAGAAAAGGGCGACGAAAGGACACGGUGGUUCCAAUCGAACAUAUCAAGGCCUCCUUAGAAGCGGCCAGCCAAUAAGCGGUUUUACUCUGGUUUCACGUAGGUUCAGUUUUUCGACGCUUUUUUCGAACGUGGGGGCACAGAAAAUGCGCAAAGUGGCUCGUUCGCGGUCCGUUGCCAUCGUCCUACGAUAUUCCCAUACCAGAGGCAACGAAUCCAACCCUUACCGACGAAGAAAACGUUCCAUCGAACGUUUUCUUCCUUCGAGAAACCGUGGAAAAUUCGGCUCGAGCGUUCGCCAGCUCGUUCGCGAUCUCGCCGAGCGAAUUUCCACGAAAAUCUCUCUAAAUAGCUAGGGAUGAAAUGCAACGAGGAAAUACCUAGACGUGGCAACGGCGUCCCGCCGUAUCGACGCCAACGUCGCUACGUUGAGAGUAAUCGCGAAUGAAUCAACGCGAAGCGGAAAAACCGCUGCAGUGGCGGGGGUCAGAAAUCGAUUUUCCGCGCGGCACCGUGCGGGCCUCUCGUAUUUGAUUCCCUAGCUAGUAAGUAAGCUCACUAAACGUUCCUGUCUUACCGACGACGAGAAACGUACCGUCGCCCAAUACGCUACCCCGCUUCGGUGACUAGUUUCGCGGAGAACUACCUCAUUUUUGGUGCCGUGUCGCAGCUCUGGAAUACCGACAAGACUGUAUCGAUCGCUAGGAACGUUCUUCACCGUCCACCAGUCGUUUUACGAACCGAUGGUACCGCGCACCCUUUCCAACGGUUUCAUCCCUUGGUCGACGAUCCUUUGCACAGGGUGCGAAUGGGUAUCUUUCGAUUUGCGAAACGAGCGAUUCUUUUUUAUCUUAUAUAUUUUUUUUCGCGUGGAAGUGGUUUCCCGUGUAAUUUUUGUUUGCUUAUCAAAGUACAUAGUCGGCGCGUCGGUGCGCGGCGAGUCUCUCCUAGGCGGCGGUAAUUCCCCGAGUUUCUCCAUCGGUAAACCUGAACGAUGGCUCAACCUCUCCGACUACACACGAAACACUAAAUGCGUGCAAUUAUACAUAUAUACUGGUGCGCGUGUAUACAUAUACAUAAUAUAUAUAUAUAUACAUACAUAUACAUAUAUAUUUUAUUACUUGAUACGCACUCUGACCCUUGCCACGCGUGUAAUAUAAAGCUGUAAGAUUACGUAAAUGUAAACUUAAGUAGCACACUGUUCAAGAUGCUUCAUCCUUCCUAAACGGCUCGCGUCAAUCCUCCAACGACCGCCAUUGUUUAAGAGGAGACCACCUCGCGUCUCGUAAGCAGCCGAGACCAAAGUCAGGUUGUCCUGCGAUUGUGACGCAACGAAAAGGGAUAUUAUAAUUUAAGAUUAUUAGAAUUUGUUGUCCGAUGAAAGCGAAGGUAAAAUCACGCAAAAACUCAACCUAUUCAUUUGCGUAAAGUCACCCCGCCCCCCUUUCUGUCUGCGCCACGAUUCCACGAGUUCGCCCGGUAUAUCGAAGAAAGACAAAGAAAUCGCUAUGUUUCGUUGUACGGUAUGUAACACCGCAUCGAAUAAUUAAUCGCCCAUUUAAAAACGUACAGUGGCGACCACUGCGCAACUUAGAAAACAGAUGUGUGAACACAAAGCGGUUUCGACCCUUUCGAUCGUAUCUAUAAUAAGGAGCACAGAGCUCACCCUUACCUCUUUCAACCUAACAAAAUUACGCGAAAGUUGGUUUCGUUUACAUGGAAUUAUAUCUUUAAGCGAUCUCUGGAUCUGGCCAGUUUGCUCGCCGCGACGCGUAACGACGCCGUUCAUUUCCGCGUUCAAUAUUCAACGAAUGAGAUAUGCUUACGAGACCGCCUGUAGGAGGUCACUUUAGGAGACGGAAAAGUGGGACGUCGCUUUUCAGUAGACAUCUCUCUUGGUUCGCGCGCAGAAGAGAAAACACAAGGGACGGUAAAGCUAAGGAAAGCGCGCAGUCCCCGCGAGUGUUCGAAACGUUCGCGAAAAACGUGGUACGCAUCCGUAUAGCCACGUGUCCGCUCCGUGAGCUUACUCGCUCGCAUGCCGUGUGUUCGUGUGUGAGAGAGCGAGAGUAUCGAGCGUGUGUAGGUGUGUCCGGAAACCCUGUGUAUCGCUGCUUCCUGCUUCGAUCCGACGAAACACCGAGAGGAAAUUAAUAGUCGAUUAAGCAGCCCUAUCCCGAUUGAUAUUCCGAGCUCGCGACGUCGUUUAUUUCGCACGAACGAAUGAAAACACGGUAGUUUCCCCGUUUGUUUUGAUUUGAUCCCCCCGAAACGAACAUCGAAGAAUAUCAAUCGUUCUCCGUUCCCAAGGGAGGCGGUGCGAGAGGAUGUUCCCGAAAGAGAGUGAGAGUCUCUCGUUGUAAAUCCUGGGAUAACAAGAAACCGAACGCUAGGUUAUCCGGGAGAAUCGUCGAGCGGAAAUGGCCAUGGCGAAAAGCAACGACGACGCCGUACGUUAAUCGGGGACGGAAACGCGACGCGAGUGUCCAUCCAGCGCGAACCGAAUCGCGCGGUUGCGAGGUGGUUCGUUUCCUAGAUCACUUUACCGAGUCCGUUGAAAGUUUUUAUUUCACCGAGGAGACGAGAACGAUAACAAGGAAGGGAAAGCGCAAUGCAGGGCAGUCGUUGACUUCUCCAUCGGGAACACCUUCUCUGCUCACCCUCCGGUGCGGUACCGAUGCGACGUUGACUGUAUAUACCUAUACAUACGUAUACAUAUGCAUAUACAUAUAUAAAUAUAAAUAUACAAAAUAUACAUAUGCAUAUACACGAGAGGGUACGCGUACCUAAAUCACCUAGUUAAUCGAACGAGACCCUCGAGCACCCGUCGUCGUCGUCGUCGUCGUCGAGAGUUUCGCGAUCGAGAUCUCGACUGGUUCCGAGGAAAUUCUCGGACGAAGCGAGGGGUGGCUCGUUCGCUCGUUCGUUCGCCCCGAUCGAGGAGAAGAAGGACGCUUGACGAAAAAUCUCGGGCAAGAACGAGCGACGAGGCGACGACUAGAGAACGGGAUCGUUAACGAGUAACAACGUCUUUACCGGUGCGAAUGGCGACAACGCGUUACGGAUAAAUAUAUAUAUGUUCGGCUGAGGGUGUGCGAGUUGCGCGAGUGAACGAUGCGAUCGAGAACGCGAGUACUUGUUACAAACUUAUUAUACGGGCGGCUGACAAAUUGCCGAGACGUUGGUAAAUAAAUACGAACAGGCCCUCUAAGGCCCCUGAAAUUAUACAAAAA